AGGUGACACGUGCACCAUGGCCAGCUACAGGCGGCUGAAGGGCGUCGUGUUGGAGCUGCAGGCGCAGCGCUCAGCCCCACCGCGCCGCCCAGCCGCCGACGGGGCUGCCCAGAAACGUGCUUUGGUGGAGGAGCUCUUCCAGCACCUGGAUGCAAACAGGGAUGGGCACCUCAGCAGCUCGGAGCUGGCACAGGUAAUGAAGAAAGAGGAUCUGGAAGAUGAUUUAUUGGAUUGUACACUGGAAGACCUCCUCCGGUUUGAUGAUUAUAACAACGAUGGGCGCUUAACCCUGCAAGAGCUCUACACGGCCUUCCGUAAGUCCUGAUGCUUCUGUCUGUCCUCAGUGUUGAAAGCAUGUGAAUAUCUGAGACGGCAGUGCUCUCUGCCCAGGCAUGGCCAGCAAAAAUGAUCCCUUUUUGUAUUUAAUGUAAGGCUUGUUUUUAAAGAUUGCUGUGCUCCAAAGGGUGGGCAAGAGCCAGGAGGUUGGUAAAAGCGUGUGGGACUCGGUGGUGUUGUGGGUUUUCUCAUGCUUUGGGCUGAUGGCAUCUUGUUGGUGGCAGUGGAGAGAUGUUGGGGGAGGGCCAUGUAUGUAGCCAUGAGCGUGUGGCUCCUGAGUAGCUCUGAGGAAACAAUAUGUACAAACUGUUUUUGCCAAACGUCACCUUUUCUAAAGAGGUUUUCUGUUUGCUUGACUUUCAUUUAAAAAAAAACAAAACAAGUUUGGAUAAUAACACUUAAUGUGCUUUCAGACUAGCCCCAGUAAUCACCUUACACCUAUUUGAACCACAUAUAUAUUUAAUUCAACACAGCACACUCAAAGCUGCAGAUAUACAGUAAAACAUAAAACUUCAUCCGUUAAGAAGGUGAUCGAGUGAGUUACCCCAGCUAUAAAGGUUUGACAUGCAGUUAUUUGGGAGUGUAUUUGGAUCAACGCGUUCUCAAAGUCACACGAACGUGAAGCUAAAUUCCACAAGUCAUCUGUAUGAGUUCUUGGUUC